CAGGUUUGGAGCAUCAUGGGAUCCACACUGAGACUCCUGCUUCAGCUGCUCCUGCUCUCACUGGUGUCUGCUUCUCAUUACUUUGGAGGAACCACGACCUUCACCUACAAAGGAAAAAACCCUGAUGGAUCAUUUAAGGUGGACAUUCGGGACAGAGACACAUAUGACGGAUGUUACUACUCCCUCUACUGGUAUUGUUCCAACAGCAACUGUGGCUAUCCCUUCAGUACACAGAGAAAAAUACUGGACAGCAGCACCAGUGCUCCGAUGUACAACAGACAAUGGUGUGAAGCUGAGACCGUUACCACGCGGGUUGUCUGGGACAACAAACCUUUUCAAAUGUGGGCAAGUAGCUGCUGCUGGGUCCACAACAUUUACUAUGGUUGGGGCCACUCAUGGACAUUGAGCACUCUUGUUGAUCUGGGAGAAAGAUCUGACACUAAACAACCAAACAGAUCACCAGAGAUUGCCAUCCUUCCUUUCCUAAGAGUUCCUCAGAACUGCCCGCGGACAUACAGGCUGAUGUCCUUUGAUCCUGAUGGGGACAAAGUCAGAUGCAGAUAUGGAAAUCCAGGAAGUCAGGAGUGCGCCGAAUGUAUCCAAAAUCCAGGCUUCCACUUGGACCAGGACUCCUGCACACUACACUACCAAAACACUAAUGCCGACCCCAGCGUUCGUUCAUUUGAGAUAGUGGUGGAGGAUUUCCCACAAGGACACAUCAGUCUGAACUACACAGACGGUUCCCGAUCCUACAGGUCUCCACUGUCUGCAAGGAGGAGGAAACGACAGGUCACAAACCCAUGGUACACAGAAACUACAACUCCAGGGUGGGAGUAUCCAUGGGAUCCAGAGAUUAUAACUCCAGAGUGGGAGUAUCCAUGGGAUCCAGAGACUACAACUACACUCAGAACCACUACUGCAGCAGAAACUACAACUACACUCAGCCCCACUACUGCAGAAGAAACUACAACUACACUCAGAACCACUACUGCAGCAGAAACUACAACUCCAGGAGACUACAACUACACUCAGCCCCACUACUGCAGCAGAAACUACAACUACACUCAGCCCCACUACUGCAGAAGAAACUACAACUACACUCAGAACCACUACUGCAGAAGAAACUACAACUACACUCAGCCCCACUACUGCAGAAGAAACUACAACUACACUCAGCCCCACUACUGCAGAAGAAACUACAACUACACUCAGCCCCACUACUGCAGAAGAAACUACAACUACACUCAGCCCCACUACUGCAGAAGAAACUACAACUACACCCAGAACCACUACCACAGAAGUGACUACAACUAUCCCAUGGUGGUGGACUACCAGAAUACCUUUGCAGGCCACCACUCCUCCCCUCAGUAA